AAACCAAUAACAUUAAAUAAAAUUUAUUAAAUGGGAGAGAAGAGGAUUGAAAAAUAUUUAUUUAAUAUCAAUCAUAAGAUUGGAGAAGCUUCUUAUGCCACCGUUUUUAAAGGUAUCAAUGAAAAAACUGGGGAGAAUGUAGCAAUAAAAAUGAAAUUAUUUUCUUUCUAUUUGGAAAACUGCCUUUUAUGAUUUUUCUAUUGCUAUACUAAUUUUUAUUAUUUAUACAAUCCAAGAAG